AUGGGACAAUCAAUAUCAUCAGGAACAAUAGAUGGCCGAAGAGCUGCGGAACUCCGACUGCUCAACGAUGAUUUUAUCGAAGCGGAAAUUGUGCUUAAGAAUUUGCAACUUGCUCAAGAACGUGCCGUUAAGUUAGUUGAGCAACAAGAACGCUUUUCAUGGGAAUUUCUUGGUAUUGGCACUAUGGCAAUCAUCUUGGUAGCAGCCGGUGCCAUCAGUAAACGAAAGUACGUUCAGGAUUUCGCUGUCCCCAUUGCACCUCUUGUAAUGGGGCUUGGGUACAGAUAUGAUUGCGCAUUCGGGAGGAAUCAUGAGGUUGUUCGAGAUAAUGCCGAGUCCAUGCUCAAGCGAAACGAUGACCGAUUGCGACUUGUUGGAGGACCUCUUACGCUCAGAGAUGUAGACGCAUAUCGGGAACGACAUUUUCAGUAG